AUGGCUCAAGCGUUCCCCCCUAAGGGCGAAGACUUUUACAUAAAGUCUGCUACCUCCCCUUCGGGUUCUUCCACGUCUUCCUCUCCGCAAAAUUUAGUCGUUGAUGUUGAACGUGGUUUUUUCAUGACUUGGGGUGCAAUUAAAGAUGGAUCAAAAGUUGUGGUUGCUCCACAAAAAAGUGCCACUGAACAUGAUGCUUGUCAACUUUGGCAUUAUGAUGACGUUUUUGUCUGCGCGUUAUUUCAAAAACAAAAAAAUGCCGAAAAACUCAAAUUGAAAAGUGGAAAUCAAGCCAAAAACCAGAGGUGGACUCUUACCAAGGAAGGGCGUAUUGCAUUACAACAUCAACCAAAAUUCGUUCUUGACGUUAAAGAAAAAAACAAACAUGUCGAACUGGCUGAUAGCAAAUCCGACCCGUAUGUUCGAGUAUUUUGUGCGGGUAAUAAUAAGGACAUUAUCGCUCAAACAAAAGUCAUUGACAACAACCUGAAUCCAGUGUGGAAUGAAGUUCACUAUCUUCCUGUUAAAGGCAUUGGUGAAAAGUUCAUGUUUGAGGUGAUGGAUUUUAACACUUUUAUAAAAGAUAGACCACUUGGAAAUCAUCAUUUUGAAGUUACUCGUGAACUUGCCAAAGAACUUCCUGAUGGUACUUAUGAAGGCACUCCAAAUGGCAUCGAUGUAGCUAAAUUCUUCCCCUUGGAACCUCUUCCAAAACCUACUCCUGAUUUCCUUGCCAAUCUUAAAGAGAAACCUUUUGAUCGUUCAACAUUUUACAAUCUUAUCACCUUACAAGCUCCAAAUGGUGGUUUCCCUCCUUCUGAUAAAUUAGCCAAUCUAUUCGGUUUUGAAUCUCAGGAUCAACUUUUAGAAUUAUAUAAACGUCAAUGCCGUGAAGAUCGUAUUUUAAAACAUGAUCCUACCGAUUACAGAAGUGAAUGGGGUGGUGUUUAUGAACGUGCUGAACAAUACAUUAGCAAAGCAGUUAACGAUUUAGAAAUUGAAGAGACUGUGGUCGCUACCGGCAGAAAGGCUGUCCGUGAAAGAUUUGAUAUCAAAAUUGAUAAUGAUCCUAAAACCAAACGACUUACUAGAGAAACCAUCUCAAUCACACAUAUUAAACGUCUUCUUAAAUGUCAACAAAGUACUGGUGCAUAUCAAAUUAAUGAUGAUUUUGCAAAAUCCCUUGGUUAUGAAAACAUGGAUAAACUCCGUAUAGCAUUCAAUGAAUAUAAAGAUAAAAAAUCCAAAUCACAAAAAAUCUCUCAAGUUAGUCUCCAAACCUGGAUGACAAUGCUUAUGCUUUAUUUCUAUCGUUACGUUGCUAUUGAUCAAAGAAAAGAAUGGUACCAUACAUAUGAAAAGUCUUAUAGAUGGGUAUGGGCUCAAUUAAAGGGUAACGAAUCCCUUGAGCAAGAAUGUUUUGAAAUUGUUAAAUCAUUUAUCAAGGAAUGCCAUGAUGUAAAGGAUGAAGUUUUGGAAUCGGAUCGUGCUUUCGAAGGUGAACUUUCUGAAAUGAUAAAUUCUAUCAAGCAUCCACAAAAAGAACGAGGAAUCGCUCAAAAACCUCAUGGUAUCGCACGUAUCGAAAUUAUUUGCGCAAAAAAUCUUAAGCAAGCCGAUUCGUGGUCUGGUAGUAGUGCUUCCGAUCCCU